UUGUGCAAGGAAGAGUGAUUGGCUUUCUCAAAAUAACUGGCACGGAGAGAAAAGCACUCAGCCAGCCCGGACUCGGCUGGUUUUUUUUUGUUUGUUUUAAAGAAUUGUGUCGGUUGAAUGAAGAAGUGUAAGAACAUGUUUUUAACUACAAUGUUAUUUGCUUUCUAAUUGUAUUUGCAACAUACAGAGUUGAUGUUUUUGAACUGGAGCCGAUAUUCGUUACGGGUGUUAAAACUAGCAGCCGGAUUCAAGAGGUGAUGUCAAUAUAUAAAAGGAAAAUGAAACAGAACGGAUUUAUCAUUAACAACAAAGAAUGACGUUGCUGUAAUUGUCUGUGCGAAUCAGCAGCUGUGAAAACUCAAGAUAUCCAGACAUUCUCCAACAAGAGAGGCCGAUGCAGAGGUGUGCUGGAAACUCCUUCACAGGCGUGAGUGAAAAUGGUGCAGAAGUACCAGUCACCGGUCCGGGUUCACAAGUACCCCUUUGAAAUGGUCAUGGCGGCCUAUGAAAGGAGGUUUCCGACCUGCCCCCAGAUCCCAGUGUUCCUGGGCAGCGAGAUUCUCAGUGAAAGCAGGAGUGAGGACGGAUCUCUCCACGUUCUGGAACGGAGCUGCAAACUCAAUGUGGACGCGCCUCGGCUCCUCAAAAAGAUCGCAGGCGUGGAGUUUGUCUACUUCAUUCAGAAAAACACAUUAAACUGGAAGGAGCGGACGCUGCUCAUCGAAGCACACAAUGAAACCUUUUCCAACAGAGUCACUGUCAACGAGACCUGCAGUUACAGUGUUCACCCUGAAAACGAAGACUGGACCUGUUUUGAGCAGUCCGCCUCCUUGGAUAUCAAAUCCUUCUUUGGCUUCGAGAACACUGUGGAGAAGAUUGCAAUGAAACAGUACACUGCCAACAUCAAGCGGGGUAAAGAAGUGAUCGAGUAUUAUCUGAAUGAGCUGAGAGUGGAGGGUGUGGCUGUGAUUCCCCGCUGGCGCCCCCUGAAGGAGAGAAUCCAGGCUCCACCCAGCCUGCCCCACCCCGCCUCUCUCCCAGAGUCCCUGGUGGAGCUGGAACCCAGCAGCACCGAGCUGACCGCGCCCGAUGCAGACAAGUUGCAUGCAGAUUACAUUGAGCGGUACCUGGGCCAGCUGACCCCGAUGCAGGAGAGUGGUCUGAUUCAGCUGAGACGCUGGCUGCAGGAAACACACAAAGGAAAGUCAGAAGCUGGUGAAUGGAAACCAGAAAAGAUCCCUAAAGAUGAGCACAUCCUGCGCUUCCUGCGCGCCCGGGACUUCAGCGUGGACAAGGCACGCGAGAUGCUGUGCCAGUCGCUCACAUGGCGCAAGCAGUACCAGGUGGACUAUAUCCUGGAGAUGUGGCGGCCGCCCAGCUUCCUGGAGGAGCACUACGGGGGAGGGUGGCACUUCCACGACCGGGAUGGGCGCCCGCUGUACAUCCUGCGCCUCGGACAGAUGGACACCAAAGGGUUGGUAAAAGCUUUGGGAGAAGAGGCGCUGCUGAGACAUGUUUUAUCGAUCAAUGAAGAGGGACAGAAAAGAUGCGAGGAAAAUACGAAGAUAUUCGGUCGACCGAUCACGUCUUGGACCUGCUUGGUGGACCUCGAAGGGUUAAACAUGAGGCACCUGUGGAGGCCGGGGGUGAAAGCUCUCCUGCGGAUCAUUGAAGUCGUUGAAGCCAAUUACCCCGAGACCCUGGGCCGGCUCCUGAUUGUCCGAGCGCCGCGCGUCUUCCCUGUGCUCUGGACCCUGGUCAGCCCCUUUAUAAAUGACAACACCCGCCAGAAGUUCCUCAUCUACAGCGGGAGUUGCUACCAGGGAGCAGGGGGGCUGGUAGACUACAUUGACAAGGAGAUUAUUCCAGAUUUCUUGGGAGGACAGUGUCUGUGUAACGUCCCGGAAGGAGGGCUGGUGCCCAAGUCUCUGUACCAGACCGAGGAGGAGCUGGAGAGCCCGGAUCACAUCAGACUCUGGACUGAGACCAUCUAUCAGUCUGCAAGCAUCUUCAAAGGAGCGCCGCACGAGAUUGUUCUUGAAAUUCUAGAAGGCUGCUCGGUGAUCACCUGGGACUUUGACAUCCUCAAAGGCGACGUGGUGUUUAACAUAUUCCACUCAAAGCUCUCGCCCCAAACCACGAGGAAGGACCCGGCCGUGCUGCCCCCCGGAGGAAACAACGUACAGCUGAUCGAGAGGAGCUGGGUGCUGGGGGCGGAUUACAGCAUGGUGGAGUCCCCUCUUACGUGCAGGGAGGGGGAGAGCAUUCAGGGCUCUCACAUCACGCGCUGGCCUGGCUUCUACAUCCUGCAGUGGAAGAUGAAGGGGCCUCUGUCCUGCACAGCGUCAGCGCUGCCCCGCGUAGACGACGUGCUCGCCACCUUGCAGGUCUCCUCUCACAAGUGCAAAGUUAUGUACUACACCGAGGUGCUGGCGUCCCAGGACUUCAGGGGGUCGAUGACGAGUCUUGAGUCGUGUCACAGUGGAUUCUCGCAGCUCAGUGUGAGCACCACGUCUUCCAGCCAAUCACAGAGCAGCUCCCUCAUCUCCAGAUAGUGCUGAGCGAACAUGCGGAGGAGGGGGAGCGAGUGCAACAUGAGCCAUACAAUGAAAGGGCUGCUGACAAGGACAGUGACCUCCAGUGACCCUGGAGCAGGUAUUGAGAACAAUACAAGCACUUGAACUCAAAUCACUGGGCAGUGUCAUAGCGCUUCUCACUUAGUUUACUUGCUGUAGAUACUAACUUACUUGCGAUCCCUGUGCUGUGAUUCUGGUUUGCAUACGUACGGUAAAACAUAUUUAUCUAUGUGCUCAAUUAUAAAGGAUGCACUUUCAAAAAUAAUAAUUGCACGUUUGACAAAAAAUGAUUUAAAACACUUGCCGCAGAUUUUAGAGUAGAGCUCUCUCCCUCUAAAUACUGUUUGAGAGGCCAGGGUAAUCCUGGGAGAAAAUCCUUACUCAGUAACUACUGUGAGGAUGAACUAGCGAAGUGUCUCAACCUCAUUGAUUCAGCAGACACACUUUUAAAAUGCAGUGGGGUUUUAUAAAUAACUUGUUUUAAAACUAAACUAAAUAUGGUGGCUUCACCGUACUGCACGCACAAUGCAUUGAGCGAUAACAGAAAUUAUUUGCAAAGAUUUGAUUAAGAAACUUGCUUACACUGUAUGAGUUGUGCCUGUAUGAAUGCUGCAGGGUAACGAUAUGCUUCGUGUGUUCCUUCUGUUUCAGCUAGAGAAUAGUGCUGCUUUCUCUCAGAAGCAUUUACUUAUAUGAUACAUGUUACGUAAACCUUAACAAGAGGGCCAGUACAAAUACCAAUAUACUGUGGAAGAUUGAUACAAGUUAAAAAUACAUUUAUUUCAAUGUGUUGUCACCUCAAGCCAUACAAGUUUUGUAGAGUUUGGGGGAAAUCAAAUGCAAUUCUGGAUUUUAAAUGGUGUAUCCUUUUGUAGUACUGAAAGGGCUUUUUGUAUGAAGUUAGCAAUAAGAUUAUUUCUCGCUUGCUGGAGAGUGCUAGCGUUUGAUUCAGGAGGGGUGUAUCCAAAUAACUUUCUUCACUGGAAGCAGUUUAAUGACACCUGAAGAAAUGUUUUAUGUGGAAUGCUGCUUAAAAUGGAUUUCUUUACCAAGUUCUAUUGAAAGCAAGUUUAAAAGACUGAUCUUUAGAUAUUCAGGAAGCACAUCUUUGCAGUUAAAAUGGUUUGGAUUUUUACAAGAGUGUAGUCUUACCUUACUAAAAAGGUGUCCAAACACAGCUCUAUCAGUCUCUGCAGCACAAGGCAGUAUAGUGGAGCUCACAAGUAGAUCUAUAGUGACUGUGACAAGUCUCUGUAUAAUAUAUUGUAAUGCAAAUUAAAUUCACAUGUGUUCUAUUUUAAUAAUGUAAUUAUUAGAUACUAGUGUUAACUACAAUGGCAGAACUGUGUUCCUAUAUCACUGUGCAUUCUGAAGUGUAAAAUGAUAUUGAAUGAUUUGGGAAGUACGUGGAAUUGAUUCAGUUUCAGAAAUCCUGUAAAUGACAGUUUCAGUGGUGUUUAGAAUGCAUUUAACUAACGAUUUAUUGACAGACUCAUUGCACCUUGAGGUUUUUGUUUCUGCAGUAA